AUGGAAAUCAUUAAUAAUUAUUAUAAUGAAUUUAAUCAAUUGAAAACUAGAAAUGCAUCGAUAAGCAAGACUUUUGUAACAACUAAAGAAGAAAUAUUAGAUGAAAUUUUCAGAGACUCUGAUGGAAAAGACAAGGACAUUUCAAUCCAUUUAAUUCAACUUUUUGAGCAAAAAAACAAGGUUAUAAAUAAUACCUUUAUAUUAACUGAAAAUGUGUUAAAGAAAAUAUAUACAGGAAAAGAAUUUAAAAAAGAUGACAACAAAUAUCUUACAAAGCUAAAGAAAGUAUUAGAUAAAGUAAAUAUAACAAAAGUUGAAUUUGAAUUAUUGUUCAAGAUGAAACAUACUAGCAAUAACGAAUUUUAUCAGAAUGAAAUAAGAACUUUGGAACAAGAUUUAAAGAAUCUUGAUGUCGAUUUUCCUAAUGAUUUAAAAGAUUUAAAGGUUCCUUUAAAGAAGUUUGAACUAAAUUCUUUGAAUCAACACAAUUUUAAUACUUUUUUCACUUCAUCUCCAAUUUGCUCUAUACAAUUCAACUAG